CAUGUAUGUUGUUGCGCGGAGUAGAGUAUGAGCGAUAUACGCGCAUACCCGGAGACAAGGCUGUGGCCUGCGUUAUGUGCAUUGCGCAGUUUCGAUUGAAUGGUGCGAAGACAGCGUUGGGGGGGAUAAAGGGAUGGAUAUAAGUAGAGGUCAAGAAAUAUACAAGGUAUCCUACAGGAGUCACAGCAUUAGUCUGUUUGACAAGAGUGUCGAAAAUUGAUUGCAGCAUUCCUCCUUGCACUCUAACUGGGACGAACGAAGCCCUAUCACGGCCUGUGAAACAACCCGGGAAGCCGCUAAGUCGCGCGUCACGUGCGCGUUCGAGCGAUGACGCGGCCGCUCUUCAAGUGAGAGGUCGCCGCUUUGUCUUCGCUGUUAAGCAGUCGCCUCACCACCUGUUCUUUCUUUCUCUACGACCUCUUCCCAACACCUUGAUACCCGUCUCUUUUUUGUCUUUUUUUCUUUACUCUUUGCAAACCAUGAUCGGUCGCAUCCUGGGACUCUCGGCGCUGGCCGCCGCCUCCGCCAGUGCCAUCUUGCUCCCUCCAACUAUCACAGCUACAGAUCUGGACCUUGGCGAUGAUAGCGCCAUGGAAAUAUCCGUAAACCCCAUGAAACGAACCUUUGCCCUCGAAUGCCCCAAGUGCGCAUUUGCUACCAAGGAAGCCAAGACGGCUUAUACCUGGUCCCAGAACACUGGCAGCACCUACCUGCUUGACUUUGACGUCGGGACCAACGAAGACAGCCUUGUCGUCGAAGGUGUCCAGCUGUAUCCACCUAGCUAUGGCUCCAGACCCUUCUUUGUCACGCAACUCGACCCUACCACCAAAGAUGCCUUGCGCCUCAUGGUCACUGGAUAUACGUUCCACUUCACAUCCGCCGCGACGGUCUCGGAAGCUGGUAUUGAACUUCUUCCUGUGACCCUCAAGAUCACCUCGAUCGAAGGCCGGCCUGCGCACCCCCCAGCCCUGACAGUUAAUCUCUUGAAGGACACCAACGGUCGCCUUAUGAUUGCAUCAUUCCAGACGAAACAGGCUGACGAGAACGAUGUUGCGGACAAAGAGGCCGAGUGCAACGAAUGGCCGAUGCUCUGCCAGUGGCGAUCAUAUCUUUCCCACGGUAUCAACGAUUUGAAAUCGUCUGUCAGCAAGGCCUGCCACAGGCACAAGGGCAGCAACCCCAUGACCGAAGCUGGCAUUGAGGGCAAACCGCCUCAUAGGUUCCGUCCUGGCCACCCCCACCAUCACCCCCACAAUGGUCCGCCCCCCAUGAGCGAUCAUCACCGACACCAUCACUCUCACCACAAUGUGAAUGCCUUCCUCCGCCGCGCAUUCUUUACCGUCUUGAUUCCCAUCUUGAUCGGCAUCUUCGCGGGUACACUUACCUAUCUUAUUGGUUUGGCUUUGGGGUAUGUCAUCGCCAUCGUCGUGGCUAAAGUCCGUGGCCGCGCACCUUAUGUGCGUAUCGCUUUGGAGGAUGUAGAAGAGGCCGGGUACAUUGAGAAUAGCAGUGAGAAGGAGGCCUAUAUCGCAGAACUUCCAGAAUACGAUGCACCGCCCGUCUAUGAGGAGGCUUCUGAGAAGGAAGUCGUUGAGAACCAGGAACCGACUGAUAAAUAG